UGUGUGUGUGUGUGUGUGUGUGUGUGUGUGUGUGUGUGUGUGUGUGUGUGUGUGUGUGUGUGUGUGUGUGUGUGUUUCAGCAUCCCCUCACCCCAAUCACGUUGGAAAGCCGUGUUUGAAGCUGAAGGUUUAUGUAAAACCAGCAGAUGGUUCGGCCUUCGAGUCACCGGAGCCGUUCCUGAUUGACCGCAGCUCCACUAACGAUCUUCAGUCCUGUGUGUUGAUGCUUUCGGCGGCCGCGUCGGUCCUGAUGAUGACGCGUGUGUAGGCUUUACAGAUUUAUUCCCUCCUUUUGCCCCUCAGGGAAGUGUUUCUGCCCUCCAUCUGCCCCACACAUGGUAAUGAGCACUAAAGCUAAAACACUACACAGAACGAUGCGGUCUGACACGACAAACAUGUCAGAUAUUAUUUUAUUGGUCGUGAUGCAUGGAUCCUAAACGGAGCAGUGUGGUUUUUUUUUUCUUUUCUUUCUCCAACAUGUUAAUGGCAUUACAUCUGAGAACGAGUUCAGUUCAGAAGAAACUCAAACUUUCUGCUUCCUCGCCUCGACUCCGAGUGUCGCUUCCUUCCGACUGAUGACACCAAAGGACUUUAGAGGUUUUUGUUUGGGACGAUUUGAGAACCAGCAGCACCACUGAACCCUAGCUGUAGACUUAUUCACUUGCAUGUGAAACACUGUGAGGAAACAGAGAAAAGAAUUCUUACAAUAUUAAUAUUAAUACUAUAUUUUUAUGGCUGAACAAAUCGGACGCUGCAUCAAAACUACAGAUGUUGUUGAGUCAGAAAAAAGAAAAUGAUUGUGUUUCGUCUGUUUAACGUGAAAAUCUCCAUGGAGAUGAGAAACACUGAGGGUUUUUUGUAUUAGGUUUCAUGUUAUUUUUGUAGCAUUUAAAAGCGGCAUUAAUUAUUAAUGUGACAUGGGGAAAGGUUUUUAGUGUCUCGUGUGACGGUGAAUCAGCAGCUCACACAAACUUGCCCUCCUUCAGCAUCUGGCUGACUUUAAACUCUCACAUUACAGUUAAAGCCCAGUCUUUUAUCCCACUUUGUAAAAUCAUCCCCUUACUUUAAUCUGGUGGCCUGAUCACUGUUCACGUCUUAUUGAGGGCACAAAGUGUUCAAAGCCCUGAGACACCAGCACCAGCAGGAUGUCUGAAAAGAGACACGCCCCCACAUGCCCUCCCAGAGACACACCCACCUGCCAAUGCCCCCCACAUGCCCUCCCAGAGACACACCCACCUGCCAAUGCCCCCCACAGGCCCUCCAAGAGACACACCCACCUGCCAAUGCCCCCCACAUGCCCUCCCAGAGACACACCCACCUGCCGACGCCCCCACAUGCCCUUUCAGAGUCACGCCCACUUGCCAACGCCCCUACAUGCCCUCUAAGUUAGACCUACCUGCCGACACCCCGCAUGCCCUCUCAGAGACACACCCACUUGCCGACGCCCCCAGAUGCACUCUCAGAGACACGCCCACUUUCCAACAUCCCCACAUGCACUCUGAGACACACCCACUUAUAGAUGCCCCCACAUGUCCUCUCAGAGACACUCCCACUUUCCAACAUUCCCACAUGCACUCUGAGACACACCCACUUGUAGACGCCCCCACAUGUCCUCUCAGAGUCACGCCCACUUGCCAACCCCCCUACAUGCCCUCUAAGUUAGACCUACCUGCCGACACCCCGCAUGCCCUCUCAGAGACACACCCACUUGCCGACGCCCCCACAUGUCCUCUCAGAGACACUCCCACUUUCCAACAUCCCCACAUGCACUCUGAGACACACCCACUUGUAGACGCCCCCACAUGUCCUCUCAGAGACAUGCCCACUUUCCAACACCCCCGCACACCUUCUCAAAGACACGCCCACUUGCCGACGCCCCCACACGCCCUCUCAGAGACACACCCACUUGCCGACACCCCCAGAUGCACUCUCAGAGACACUCCCACUUUCCAACAUCCCCACAUGCACUCUGAGACACACCCACUUGUAGACGCCCCCAAAUGUCCUCUCAGAGACAUGCCCACUUUCCAACACCCCCACAUGCACUCUCAGAGACACACCCACUUGCCGACGCCCCCACAUGCACUCUGACACGCCCAAUUUCUGACACCCACCACAUGCACUCUAAGAGACACACCUACUUGCCGACUCCCCCGCACGCCUUCUCAAAGACACGCCCACUUGCCGACGCCCCCACACGCCCUCUCAGAGACCCCCACCAGCAGCCGCUCCCACACGCCCUCCCACCCAGGAACAUGCCCACUGUACUCCUCCAUGUUGUGUUUUCCAUGCCAGCUUUUGUACAGCCAUCUUUCUUUGUGUAAAGUAAAAAGAAUGACAUGGAAAAUAAACUCAUUUGUCUAAAUGGUGCUGUGUGUGAUUAAAAAUU